UAUGAAGGAUGUGGGAAUGACGGUGUGCUGAUAAUUGUGGUACUCAUUGUUUGUUCUUGGAUAAUACAACGUAGUACGAAGUAAAUUUUUAUCUGUUUUGGGAACGUUGGUGGUUAAAGUAACCGUCGUUUUACGAAAAAAUACUAGUGACUUACCGUCGGUCGUCUGUAAGUCAUCUUAAUGGCCAAAAUGGAUCUAAUCGGCAAUUUUUUUAAAUUGCUGCUAAUCUAUUUUGCCGGUGCGCCGCAUGCGGCUCCGCAAUCAUGGAACUGCUCAACUGGGACGGGUUUUUGCAUCGUGAUUUCUGAAGAGCGCCGUUCUUGGCACGACGCUUCCGAUCACUGCUUCCAACGCCAUGGAGGACUUGCUCAUUCGGACCAUUUCGAGCUGAUCCUUCAUUCGUCAAUUUGGUUUUCAUCAGAAAUGUUGGUGUGGACAGGUUUGGGGUGGGUAGAUGGACGGCUCCAAUGGAUGUCUCAUAUACCACACGAGGAAACCAAUAUCAACGUAACUACCUCUUAUGCUCGAAGACGAGUCGAUCCUGGUAAGUUAUGCUAUUUUAUGAACCGGAACGGAAUUGUUACUGAGGGUUUCUGUAAGCAACAACUUCACUACAUGUGCAUCAUGCCAUACCUGCCGGCGAAGAGAAGCGUGGGAGAAGAAUUUCCAGAAGUUCAAAUGGCUUCUUACGGUGCGAUUGUACCAGAAUUGAUCCCUUCUGGAAAAUUCAAGACUCAUUCCCCGUUCUUGGUAGUCGAACCGUCGACAGAGAUAUAUUUUGGUUUGUAUUGUAAAGUUCCUAAUACAAACUGCUCUUCAAUACGCUACCGAUGGCUAAAAAAUGGAGCCUAUCAACCGGAAGUUUAUGGAUCUAGGAUAAUUUCAGAUUCUGGAGAGAUUUCCCUAGAAGGAAGAAAAUCUUGGAUAUUGAAUUGGCUUGGGAAAGUUGCUUGUGAAGUGUUUUGCUCUUCUUCAGGUUCAGGAAAAGCGUACAGAUCUAAAGAAGCAAUUUUAGUUUUGCGUGAAUCUGUUAGUCUACGCGUGGAAUUCCAAUUCAGCUCCGUUAUCGAUUUCUCCGUGGCGCAUAAUUUUUUCCAGAAAGUCAUUCAUUCAGAGCUUCGAAAUAAAACAACUAUUUCACAAGUACCACAUUUUCAACUGGAUUCUCUUCCAUUUCUUUCUCAUCCUGAGAGUUCUACUAAAAGCUUUAGUUUCUAUGCUCAUCUGGCCAACAUGGACCCACAAGGAACUCUCCGUUUAAAUACGUUUUUGAGGAGCAUAAGCCUUCUCAGUCCAGUCAGUUAUUGGAUUGAAUUUCAUGACAAAGGACGUGACGACUAUAAGGGAUUGUUUGAAAAUAUCAGUGUGGUUAUGCUUAAUUACUGCCUCGAGAGAGGUGAUAGUCCAAAUUUGGUAUUCGCCAAUCAGGUCACGCUGGGCAGAGGAUUUAAUUCAUAUUUUCGAGACGAAGCUGUAGAUAAUUCCAGCUGUUCGUACGCAUCGCAGCAGUGCAAAUCAGAUUGGUUCAAUCCGGCCAGUUUCAAAAGUUUUACAUUACCCAUAGAUUGUUUAAGCUGUAUGGCUCCCUUUCGAGAUUACAAGGACCGCUGUCUGAGAAUGAUUCGGCCACUGACAUUCUCCAGGAGUAUAGCUCAAUGCAUGACCGAAUACCAAAAUGACCAAGUAGAUGAUAUUUGGGAUUUAUCAGACUGGAUAAAGCUCUCACUCGAUUGGGUCGACGCCAAUAAAGAACAAAGUGGAAACGGGGCUUUGAAUUUAAAUCUAUUAUGGCUUCCAAUUCAAAGACGGACAUCUCUUGGACCUUUGCGACCUGUUUGGCCAUGGAAUGUUGCGGACACUAAAGCGGUUUCUAGUCUCAAUGGAAAUUCCUGGACUGAAGCGAUUUUUUUCAGUUCAAGUAUACCUAGUGAUUGGAGUAAACUGAACGCAUCUCUGCCUUGUUUGGCGCUAAACACCGAAACCAAAAUGUUUCAAAGUGUCUCCUGUAAAACAAAACUGUCCAUGGUUUGCGUUAGACCCAGAAUGAAAUCGACGGAGUCCGGUAAUUCAAGCAUGAACUUUUCCAUAAGCGGCCAAUGCCCAGUAAGCUGGCAAACGUCUUCGCUAAUCGCCGAAAGGAAUCGCUGCUACAAGAUAUUUUACGGCGAAGUGACUUACACAGUCGACGAAGCCGAAACUGAAUGCGAAAAAUACGGCGGACAACUUGCUGUAGCCGCUCAGCCUUCAACAUUGGCUGUUAUACUAAAUAUCUUUAAGGCAGAGCUUGUUGAAAUUUCUGACUUAUGGAUCGGUCUAAAGAAGACUAGCAAGGGAUUUGAAUGGAUGGAUCAGUCCAGCUGGACCUAUGAACACAGAAUUGAAUGGGCGGUGGACAGAGGAACCUACGACAGGAACAGUUACGGAAUUUCUUUGACAACUAUUCCUGAACCAUCAAGUGGAAUCCUAGAAUAUUCGUCGCUAAAGUGGAAAAUGUGGCCCAAAGAGGCUCGCCUCAACGGUUUUAUUUGUCAAAAAGAAAUAUUUCCUCAACCAGAAGCAACUCUUCAGAUGCAUUUAGAUAUUUCUUACAGGCCUUUAGUUACAGCGAAAACUGUUCCCUUGGUUGUACGAGAAGCUAAAAUCGCGGAUACUCCAAAAGAUUUUCUGCUGAAAGACUAUGAACUCAACUCAGCCACUAAAAAUGAGCCACUUUUCAUUUCUAGGCUGUCUUGUUUUUUUGACAACUCAAAUUUAAUUGAAGAUUACGAAUCCGGCACCACCAUGAUGAAUUACAAAGUAAUUGAAACAAAAGUUCCUGAUGGUAUCAUGGAAUGGCAAACGGCAGAAAUUAGUUGCGAAACCUGGGACGAAUGGUCACCUGAAACUAUACGUGCUUCAUGGAUUAUCUCAUCAAUCGAAUCAUUUUCUUCUCUAAUUGUGUGGCUACGACAUCGAACUGUAAAUUACUCAAGUGAAAUUCACGACUCAACUUUUAAAGCUAGUAGCAGUCAAAGGGCAGCCUUCAAACGAUCCUUACAUGACGUGUUCGUCCAAGAAUUCGUCAAACUCUAUCCUCUUUACACGGAUAGUUUACUCUCUGCUUCUGAACCCGUGGCGUUUGAAUCCGAACCUUUUCCCAACCAGCAUUUGCUUGUCAAGUAUCGCAUUCUCAUAAAUCGGAAUCCGUUAAUGGAAUGGUUAAUGGACGGACACGGUAAUCCCGAAGGUAAUCCUUGGUCACCCGACGACGAGGCAUCUAUUAUGGAGAAUGUUCGCAAGUUCUUUUCUGAAAAGUUCAACAGCAGUAGUGAUGUUAGACCACCCGGAGCCGAUCUGGAUUUUCUGAGCGUGCGAUCGUCAGAUUUCUGCCAUGGAGAAAUAACGUCUACCAAUGGGGAGAUUCUUGAAUUUUCACACCAGCCAAGGGAACUGAUGGCCGAUGAGUUGACUGAUGACCAUGACCUGACCCUGAUGACUCUUAGUUGGCCGAAAUCAACUAAGGGUUCUAGAGUCGCCUCAGCCCCAUACUGCGUCACUCGGGACGGGCUCAUGCUAAGACGGCAGUGCCUUGGUGAUCGUUCCAGUGGCCUUUAUUGGGAAUCGCUCGAUAGUACUAAGUCUGGUGGCUCACUAUGUGUUGAAACAUCGCCACUUUUCAAACAGCUUCUUGCUUCGAUGAUCAUGGAAAACUCGAGCCAGAUUUUGCAUGAGAUUCGGCAUUACAUCACCGAUUGGAAUCCCAGUAUAGCAGAAAUUGAUCUUUUGGCUCAGUCCUUAUUCAGAAGCGUUCACUACAUAGAGGGCGAUCUCAACGAAGAAGAUCUUUUGAAUCUCGAAAUCAUCAUUCAACAAAUUAACAAUUUGGACACGGGCACACUGAUUCGAGCUCAGCAUUCUCCUUCCUUCUCUUCGAAUUUGGCGGGGGCAAUUGAAAAUCUAUUUGCCCGAAUCAAUACGAAUAAAGUCAACAAACCAUUUGAUAGAGAGAUGACAUCCCAAAGAUUCAAAUUAGAAUUGCCGUUUGUGGCGGCGGCAUCGUGGGAUCGUUUGAAUGAAAAUGAGACCAUUAUGGGAUUUACCAUCACAACAAAUGGCAACGCUAUUAUUAAAUCGACUGUUUUGACUUCGACAGCGAGUUAUGCAGAUAUUCAAGAUUCCAACGUCGCUGCCAUCCUCCCGUUCCAACAGUUCGAUACUGCGAAGGAGCAAAUAACGUUCACCGCUUUCCCUGACACCCGACUAGUUGACGCUUCGGCAGCAUCCGGAAAGUUUUCUUCUCCCAUUUUCGCUUAUGACUUAUCUCAACCAGAUGGAUGGUCGCGAAGUGAAGAUUUGUAUACUGGGAAUGGCGGAAUGAUUCAAGUUCGUCUAAAUCCUGCUCCACCCCAACUGCAUAAACCCAUCAAAAUUUUAUUCCGACCGAAAUCUAAAACUACGGAAGAAACCAAACACCUCCUCCGCUGUGUGUUUUGGAACGAACAAAUGGAUUCAGGGAAUGGCGGUUGGUCUACCGACGGAUGCUGGUACGAAGGCACAGAUCAAAACGGCAUGGCAAUUUGUCUGUGCAAUCACUUGUCCACCUUCACUCUUCUCGUCUGUCGCUCGGAGAAAGAACUUCAGUCUACUGUUCAUGGAGGAGUCUUAAAUAUCAUAACUAUUAUCGGUUCGUUAGCUUCCAUUUUAGGACUGUCUCUCAUCUUGGCUACAUUCAUCUUAUUCCCUUCAUGGCGGAAACCUCUGGGUCACAAAAUCCUGUUUCAAUUAUCAGCAGCCUUAAUAUUUUUACUCUUGACAUUCUUCGGUGUGGAUUCAGUCGACAACGUUGACGUUUGCCGAUUAGUUGGCAUAUUUUUGCACUACUUUCUGGUGUCUUGCUUUUGCUGGAUGACGGUCGAAGCUUAUCAUCAAUAUCGACGUCUUGUUAUAGUGUUUGGGUCUUACAUGCCUCGUUUUUUGUUAAAAGCGUCAAUCGUAGCGUGGGGUUUUCCAAUUAUUCCCGUCGCUUCUGUUCUUAUUUAUGACGUGGAUUCGUACACAGGAAGCGAAGGGUAUUGUUGGUUAAGUCAUCCAACCGCCUUUUAUUCGGCAGUGCUGGGCCCUCUGGUCUUUCUCAUGUUAAUAAAUCUCACCAUAUUCGUCUUGGUGGUUAGGAGCAUUAUCGCUGCCGGACGUGGACUGCGCACCAAUCAGUCCGAAAGUAAACAGAUCAGAGAGAAACUUUUGGCUUCCUUCCUGAAUUUUGUUUUGUUGGGACUCAAUUGGAUUUUCGGAUUUUUCGCUAUCGGCGCAACCAAUGCCGUGAUUUUCUCCUACUUGUUUUGUAUAACAUCAUCUCUACAGGGCUUCAUCAUCUUCGUCCUCUAUGUUGGUAGGGAUCCAUCUGCACGUAAGCAUUGGUUUAUGUUUAUCGGAGUUAUCGCGUCAAAGUUUAGGAAUUGGUCGAAUAUCCUCCAAGCUAAAUUCCCUGAUUCGAAAUCUGGAAAUAGUGCGUUCUACUAUGAUGUAAGGUCCGAGUCGGGUUUUACUACUACCACAACAGAUAAUUGUCCCACUUCUCCUCUGAGAACUUCUUCUGACUUCUGAUUUUGAACACGUUAUGGCAGUCCCUUGUAGCAUUGAAGUUCGAGUAGAUCAACGACAACCAACAAAGAAUGCAAACUGAUGUAAUAACAUUAUUCAUGCCAAAACUAUUGUGUAUCUUGAAUCAUACAUUGAAUUUCUUCAAUAUAACGUGUAGUCGACACUGGUUACACUCAAGACAAUAGAACGCGCAGGACAAAUUACAAUAGGUUAAUUGUAAUUUACUCUGCCGCUGUGUUAUAGGAUUUCUAUUUCAUUUUGUUUAAAACGGAGACCUUGCUCUUAAAAUCUGGUCGUGAA